GUACCUAGAAUAGUCAAAUAGUUGCGGAGGUGGCGAAGGCUAAAGGUUCCGUUUUCCAGUUUUCCGUUAAGCUGCGGCAGCUGCGCUAUUUCGCUGGCUUUGCAGUAUUUGCCCAGUUCUCUCGCUUCGUUCGUGUUGGUUUGUGCCGUCUGUGUAACAACCUAGUGCAGCUAACCCGAGAAGCCCAUUCCCAAGCAAUCCUCAAUGGCGGACGUGAAGAUUAACGUCGACGACCACUCCAGCAAGAACUCGAUCAUGGACGACUUCUGCUACAACAACAACGUCUCCAAAUCCAAUGUUUACGUCAGACUAGGAUUCCUGCGCAAGGUGUACGGCAUCCUGAGUGUGCAGUUCUUCCUGACCACGGUGAUCACGGCCAUCACCAUGUUCACUCCGGCAGCAAAGCUCUACAUCAGCCAAAACCACUGGAUGGUGACCGGGGCAUUCUUCAUGUCCCUGAUCCUGCUGGUCCUACUCAUGGUGAAGAGGAGGCAGACACCGACCAACUACAUCCUCCUCACAGCCUUCACCUUUGUACAGUCUUACACCGUGGCAGUUGUGGUGUCCUUCUACGACCAGAUGGCGGUGCUCCAGGCGUUCCUGCUAACGCUGGGUGUGACUGUGGGGCUCACGCUGUACACCUUCCAGAGCAAGCGUGACUUCUCCACGUGGGGAGCAGGGCUGUACGCCUUCCUCAUGGUGCUGGUGGUGGGAGGCCUGCUGCAAUUUGUGGUGGCCAGCAGCCACCUGGAGCUGGUGCUGUCCCUGGCCGGGGCAGCCCUCUUCUCCUUCUUCCUCAUCUUCGACACGCACAUGAUCAUGCACAGGGUGUCGCCCGAGGAGUACAUCCUGGCGACCAUCGAGCUCUACCUGGACGUCGUCAACCUGUUCCUCCACAUUCUGCGCAUCGUGGGCGAGGCCAGGAGGCACUGAGGCCCCCCGGCAGAGGGGCCCUCGCGGGGCAGAGACCCCGGCGCGAAGUCGGUACCACGUGGGCCAGGCGGAGUUAACCCGCUUCGUGUGCAGGGUUUCCCAUGAAGACAUUUACGAGGUCGUCGUUUUUCAUCGCAAAAUUAAGCUACGCAUUGCCGAACGCCCAUUCUUCGCCUAAAUGCAGCUCCGGCAGUCUGGACCAGAUGCUAAAGUUUCAGAAGUAGCCGUUAUUUUGUUUAAAAGUUACGAGCAAUUUUUUGAAAUUUUCGAUGGAAAAAUGGCGGUUGACGGAGCCCUCAAAUACGCGGAGCUGAACGGCGCCGGUUUUACCGAGAGCAGGCUUCAUUUUUUCAUUAUAAUUUUCAGAAAACGACGUAACUUUUGAGUAAGUUAACGGUUAGCUCUGAAACUUUGGCAUCCGAUUCAAACCGAGAGCGCUAAAUUUGGGCGGGAGCUGAGCAUUCGGCAAUGCGUCGUUUGUUUUUGCGGUAAAAAAAAACAGAAAACCUCUAAAUUGUUGUUUGGGACACGCUGCAAGUCGCAUAAGUCAUGUUUACGUGCUACCCGACCGUCAUUGAACCUGAAAGGGAAUCCAGAUGAAGGGGUUUAUUCGAUGAAAGUACGGAAGGAAACGCUCUUGUCAGCCGAAUGUUGAAAAUAAAACCCAAAAUUUUCCUCUUAGUUUGUUAAAUAAAAAAUUUAAAAACAUUCUUACGGGCCAUUUAAGUUUUUGACUAGGAGAACAGGUGCAAAAUCAGUAUGAUUUUUUUUACUCCCCUGUUUUCCGUCAAUCAAAGACCCAUAGCAGCAUUUUUAUUUUUUUGCACUGGCACUCCACAUUGGUCUAGAAGAAAGUUGUGUUUUUAGUCAUAACUUUUAAUUAAAACAAAUUUGAUAUAUUCAAAAAAACAAAUGCACCAAAAUACAGCGUUUUAGCACAGAAAACUGAUCUUAGGAAUUUUUUGUUUUAGUGGGUUAGAUCUACUUGGCUCUUGCUGUAUGUACCGGUGCACCCAUUUUUCGAGGGCACACAUUCUCGUAGACGCUGUACGGAACAUCCGGCUUGGCUGGGCCUGGGACCCGACACUGAAGCACCUGCACUUCUAAUUUUCUAGUUUUUGUGUGUGCAUCUUUUUUUUUUUUUUUUUGUUCUCUUAUUAAACGGUUAACCAAGAACAGUUUUCUCUCGUGUGGUAUAAAGCCCCUUGAUGUGUUUGCAGUUGUCUUACAAGUAAUGUCAAGUGCGGCAGUGCAGGUUUUGGAAAGAGGGUGCCUUGUGGCCAGUAAAUAAAGAAAAACAUUUGUCUCGCGUUCAGGCAUGCUCAAGCAUUCGGAUUUCAAAAAGCCUUUCCGGCUUUGGUGGCUGAUCAAUUCCAAGCACCGUUUCAUUUUCGCUUUUUUUUUUUUUUUUUUUUUUUGGGCAGUUGAGAGCUUUUGCAAACGUCAUUGAUUAAAGUGGGUCGAUUGGCCGUAGUUUGUUGUAGGUUGCACGCCUCGCAACGAACGAGGUACGUUCUAUGCUUGCAUGUAAAAUCGAUAGUCUGUUCUUUUGAUGUGGGAGGCUAUAUAAUUCAGAUACUGUAUUCUUUGUUACAUUGUUUUGCAAAAGUUUACGUUCCUGUUGACACACAUGCAUGGCUGCGCCUUGCAUGUAUAGUUGCUCAAGGCCGAUGAAAAGAAAAACAAUUUGGAGUAGCCACUGUCCUUUCUCUUUGAGGAAAGGUCUCCCUCUGAGCUCCGAAGUUUUUCAUUAAUUUUUAUUUUUAUUGUGGUACACCAACUUGAGAAUCGGUCUAUCUAAUCCUGUAACGUCGCAGUCUUUUGUGUUUUUGUUUUUUUUUGGGGGGGGGGGGGGGGGGGGGGGGGAGGACGGAGGAGGAGGGGGAGCGAGGGAGGGAGGGGGGUAGAUGCUGAAGUUCUAUAAGCCUUUUCCUUGGCUAUGCCACUGGUCUGGUCCUAUGAUAAGAACAAUAAACAGAAAUCCUACCCUUUU